AUGGACUGUAUCGCGCACGACGAUGAUAGGGAUGAGAAGAAACCGACAACAGACAAAGAACCGGACAGAAAGGCGUUCAUCUACCUCCCACGGCCGACUGACUCCCAAGCAAAAAGGACGCCUCGAAACAAACGCCAGACGGGACCGCGCAUCAUCGACUCACCACGCCUAGACACACGCACGCAUCUCCCCUCCCUAAACUCCCCAAGCCUCGUGCCGGCCAAAAGCAGCCGCACCACGCAUCCCCCACCGAAAACGUGCAUCGCGUUCGCAAUGUCUCCCGUCCAUGGAGUAUCCACCCAGCAGGAAUGUUUCAGCGCAUUCCAAUUGGUUGCGGUUGUCCAAGUUACCGGAUCCGAGCGAAACAGAUCACGCAACAUGCGAACGCGAUCCUGCUGCCACCGACGCAAAGACGCAAAGUACUUGUUGUCUGGGCCAAUAAUGUCCGUGGCAGGAGAGCGGCAGGUCUUGGGUCGGGAGAGCUACUCACUCGGCUGGAGGAGGAGAUCGGGGAUUGCCAGUCGCCGUGAUCCCGAUCUUGUGAUUGACGUUAAAAUUGGCCCGUCCCCGACGGAUCAAAGGCAUUGUUUGCAACGACUUCCGCUGUCGUACACUGUAAAAGAUGGUAGCCUUCCACCAGGCCCCCAUGCUACUUCAACAUCAUUAGAGAUCCACAAAGACUGCUCUCUAGUCGAACGUCUUAGCCUCAUAGAUGCAACCGCCGCAAGUAAUAAGUCUCGCACCAAUGAUAGAGAACAAAGAGUAGCGAACGCUCAUUACCGACCUCUAAAAGUUCAAAAGCGCUAA